AUGCGGCCGCUCCCGCUAGGCUACGAGCCCUCUCAAGCGCGACGCGGUAGAGGGGACUUACAGGGGGAUACAGCCCUCCCGGUGGGUGCGCACCGGCUCCUGGUGGCUGGUAGGGCAAAUUGCCCUUACUAUGCCAAAGCGGAACUCCUGGCUGACUAUCUCCAGGCUAAUUUGCCGGACUUCAGGGUUCACAAGAUCACUAAGCACCCUUACAAAUGGGAGGAAUGGCUUCGUGACAUCUGUGCAAUGAACGGAUGGGAACACAAACAGUCUCCAAUCAUUUGGAGAGAACUUUCGAAUCGUGGAGGGAAGGGCCUGCUUCUGGGAGGAGUUAAUGAUUUUCUGCAAUAUGCUCAGCACUAUUAUGGCAUCACAUCAACAAUGCUGAGUGAGGAGAUGUUAACCAUUGCUGAGGAGAACCUACAAACUCACAUUGAAAUUGUAAAAGAGGAGGAAGAGAUUAGAAGUCUUAUCAACCCUUUGCAGAUCUGGAUCACCAGUGCAUCAGCUCCAACCUGCUAUCAUCUAAUCCCUCUAUUGGCAAAUGGAGAAGUGUUUGGGAUGACCACAGAAAUCAGUAUCCAUUUACUUGACACGGACCAGUUUAAGGAAGUUCUUUGUGGUAUUGUGAUGGAAGCUGAAGACCUGGCAUUCCCGCUCCUCCGCAGUAUUUCAAAGCACACUGAAAUAGAAGAGGCUUUUCUUCAAGCUGAUGUUAUCGUUGUUCUUGAUGACAUCCUCUUCAAACAUGAAGUCCCACUCCUUGAGGACUGCAUCAGAGAAGCGAGUGAGAUCUGUCGAGCAAUGAUGAUUAUGACAUAUGGCCCAUCCAUUAAACCUGAAAAUAUCAUUGCCCUUGCGACUUUCUGGGAAAAUGCAGCUAAAGCCGUGCUGGCCAGGAAACUGAAUAUAAAUACAGCAGGAGUUAAAGAUGUGAUUAUUUGGGGCAAUGUUACUGGCUGGAGCUACACUGAUUUGUCACAUGCAAAAGUGUAUGGACAUGAUGGUGCUAUUUGGGGUCCACCUAAUUUUUCACGUCCUUUAUGCAACGUGAUUUAUGAUAGCAGCCGGAUAUAUCCAGAAUCGCCAUCUGCACAGCGUUCAUUGAGUUCCCGGGAAUAUCACUGUGUAGGAAUGUCACUUGCUCAUGCAGUAGCUACUGUACUCAGAUACUGGUAUCACGGCUCUCCUCCUGGGGAGAUUGUUUCUGUGGGAAUUCCGGCUGGAGGUCAGUUUUGUGUUCCGGAAGGGGUUGUCUUUUCUAUGCCAGUGCGGUUCCAGAACGGUGGUUGGGAAGUCAUGACAGAAUUAGAAGUUAAUGAAACAACUCGAGAAAUUCUGAGAUUCUUAACCCAUGAUCUAAUGCAGGAAAAGUUUGUUGCACUAAAGGAAAUAAAAGAAAUGAGUCCUUACAGAGAUGAGAUGUGCUAACACUGGAGU